AUGCUAACAUUUUGUCCCGUGUGUGCUAAUGUUUUGGUUGUUGAAGAGGGGCCAAAGUGCCUUAGAUUCGCCUGUAAUUCCUGCCCGUAUGUCCAAAACAUCAACCGAAAGAUCUCUCACAGAGUGUACCCCAAGUUGAAAGAAAUGGAUGAUGUGCUGGGAGGUGCCUCGGCGUGGGAGAAUGUUGACUCAACAGAAGUGACAUGUCCAAAGUGUGAGCACAAACGAGCUUUCUUUAUGCAGAUCCAGACAAGGUCGGCCGAUGAACCAAUGACAACUUUCUAUAAGUGCUGCAAUAUGGACUGUGCCCAUCGCUGGCGAGAUUAA